AUGGCGCAGCCACUGCCCUUGUCCACCAUCCUGCGGCACCCGCUCGCCUCGAAGCGGUGCAUGAUGAUAUUCCAUCAGAACGGCGAGGAGACAAUGGAACUGUUCGAGCUGCUCUCCCGCUACGAGGCUGUCGGUCCGAUCGGUCAGGGCAGCUACGGCUAUGUCUGCUCCGCCCGCGAUAACGACCUUGUAGAGAGGUUCCAGGCAAAGCCGCCAGAGGAGUACGAGGACGCCUCGCUAACAUUGGAGGAGCGGGAGGAGGUUUACGACACGAACACCCUCGUCGCCAUCAAGAAACUGCGUCAGCUUUUUGAAAACAACCAACCGCGUAUGUGGCUGUGCGCCACUCGGGAGAUACAGCUCAUGAUGGCGUUCCAGCACGACAAUGUCAUGUCGGCGACGGACUUCUUCAUUCCCCUCGGCGGUGUGGAGAUGAUGACGUACGACUCCAUCUUGCAGCUUCAGCACACCUUCGACGGCGUCUACGUAGUUAUGAAAAAGAUGGACUACACGCUGCGCGAGGUGCUCGACUCCACCAUCGUGACGGCGGCGGAGCUGGCGCCGGGGUACGAGACGUGGCUGCGACGUGUGAAGCUUUUGAUGGCGAACUGCGGCAAGGUGAACGCAGAUGUCCGUAGCACCUCGUCCCCUGUGCCGGCGUCGUGCCUGAACGCACAGGCAGGGGCGCAAGGUGAGGAUCAGGCCACAGCCGCGCUGCAUAACAGCACGGAGCAAAGUCGUAGCGGUGGCAGAGUAGAUGUUGGGGACGAGGCUGGCGCUCCUGUGUGUUGCCCGCUGACAACGGUCGCCCUCCACUCCCUCACCCGCGACUACCGCAAGUUUAUUCUGUACCAAAUAUUCCGCGGUGUCGGCUACCUUCACCUGUGCCCCGUAAUCCACCGCGAUCUGAAGCCGGAGAACAUCAUGCUCGACCGCAGCUACGGCACCCGCAUCACGGACUUCGGCCAGGGCCGCGAUGUCGGGCUCAACGCGACAACCGACUACGUGCAGACAGUGCUGGACAACUGCACCCAGUGGUACGCUGCGCCAGAGACGCUGACAGUCGCCAUCAAUAGCCCGAUGGGCUUCAUCGACCACGACAGCUUCCACGGCGUCGAUGUCUGGUCCAUCGGGUGCAUUGCAGCUGAAAUGCUGAUCGGCCGCCCCCUCUUUUACACCACCUCGAUGGGCGGGAAGUCCCAGCUGCUGAGUAUUUUCCGCGUGCUGGGCGAGCCGUCGGCGAGCGCCAUCGAGUCUAUCGCCGAAUACCGCGAUAAGGAGACGAGAGAGCUUUUCAUGAACUCCAUCAAGAAACUGGUGAAGAACGCACCACCGUCAAACACCAUCACGCCGCCGCUAGCGGAGUUCCUGCGGAGCCCUUACGGCGACGAGGACGAGGAUGAGGUGGGUCUCAUCAUUGAUUGCCUGCGCUGGGACCCGCGGGAGCGCAUCACGAUCCAGGCAGCGCUGCAGAACCCGUUCUUCACAAAGGAUGGGUACGACCCAGUGAUCGACCCCGAAGACACGGCCAAGCGCGUGCCCUCGGUGCGACCCGAGGACAUAUCAGAACCCGUGAGCGGGCGGGCGUUCUUGUGGAACCUCUUCCUCGAGCGCCAUCCGGAGGUGAAGGAGCUGUGGAACUCCCUCGUGGCUAAACACGAGGAGGAGCUGAAGGUGAAGAAGGCGGCGGGCAAUACCUAG